UUGUUUGUGAGACAAAAUGGUAACAUGUAUAAAUGGAGGAAGCGAAAAGAACGCCCGUGACUGAGAAAUUAGCGUGUGGGAGAGAGAGAGUGACAGUGGAAAGCGAUGACGCUGGGUUUGAUCAAUGCGAAUCCCGUGGUUCACGCCAAGAAAGAGAGAAUCGCUCGUUCCGAAGAUCCUCACGCCGACGACGCCGUUGAUCCCCUCGAUAUUUAUGAUUUCGUGAGGGAUAUUAGGGAUCCCGAACAUCCUUAUUCCUUGGAACAGCUCAGUGUUCUCUCUGAGGAAUCAAUCACCGUCGAUGACAAAUUAGGAAGGAUUUUAAUAACUUUUACGCCGACCGUGCAGCACUGUAGCAUGGCCACCGUCAUUGGUCUGUGUCUGCGAGUUAAACUAAAGCACUAUUUCCCUCCUCAUUACAAAGUGGAUAUCAAGGUUUCUCCAGGAUCACAUGCUGAUGAAGAUUCAGUCAAUAAGCAAUUAAAUGAUAAAGAAAGAGUUGCUGCUGCCUUGGAGAAUCCCAACCUCCGCCAGCUUGUGGAUGAGUGCCUCUACUCUAAUGAACUGUGAACAAGCAGAUAUGCCUGCAUAAUAACCUCUGUACAGGGCAUUUGCCGCUCUUGAUGCAAUAAAAAGUAGUCAAUCUGGAAAUUAUUUGAAAGGGAUUUACCUUUCAAGAAGGUUUAGCUCUUUGAUUUUCAUAGGAGGUAACUUUGCGUCUUCCCUCCCCUCCCCUCCCCAACUCCACAUUGUGUUUAGCAUGUGGUAUACUGGUAUGCAUGUAGAUUAAGUUAGACAUCGUUUUGCCAUAUUUUUGUACCUUACGGAAUAUGUAGUGAGUCUGUUUACAGGUUGA